CGCAACUCAGCGACAUAUCUUACGGUAAUCAGUCAAAAGUCAUAAGUACAAGUACUCGAGCUCAUACACUCUUCGCUCUUCAUAACUUCUACAACGACGCACUCUUCAAAGCUUCAAGCAUUUCAAUAUGUCCAUCACCAUUCCUACAGGCUCAUAUAUUAUCAUGAAUGCCACGACGCACACCUAUUUGAAUGUGUUCAAUUUCCAAGCUGUUCCGGGUGACAUCGUCAAUAGUGUUGGAAAUCGCCUAGGAAAUGACAUCUGGAACGUAGCGAACACUGAGUCGUGUGGGGUGACCAUACAGUCCUUUGGGACUGGCGCGUUCCUCUCCUUCGACCAGUCAAACAAAUCCGACACCCCCGCUGGCAGUGUCAUCACUAGCCACUCGAUUUAUCCGUGGAGUUUGCAACAAAAUACGGCAGUCCCGUAUGCCUGGAAUAUCGUGGACAAGAACACUGGAAAAGCGCUGGCUGUACACAACGACUCUAUCGCGAACGCGGCACAAGUUCUCGAGGUUGACAAUUUAAAUAACGCAAGCCGAGCUUGGCUUUUUAUCGCAAAGGAACCCAUACCUGGUACCAACUAGUUGCUAACUAAUAUCGACAUAGUUGACGUACUCGGAGCCGCUGCUCCUGUGAAGAUUAGCGAUUUUGAGGAGUUGAGAAGGGCCGAGGCACGAUGACUUUAACGUAUCACUAUGACAGGUGUAUCGGCACCAACUUGUUCUACAAAACUCCGGGGCUCCUCGAGUCAAGGCGCGGCAUGCAGCCUGAGCGUCGUGCCGUGCUAAGCACACCUGUCACGCCUGACGUAUGGAUAGUAGAACGAUCUUGACAGAUCACUCAUUGAAGGACCUCUAAGUCGCGUCAAGAUUCUAGGGAGUCCGUGGUAAAGUUUGUCGGUGCUACCCACAUGCGCCUGCUCAACAUCCAGC